AUGGAGGCGCCGCUGGCCUCGGAGACGGUCGAGCCGCCGCCGUCGUCGCAGGUGGGCGCGCAGCAGGCGGCCAAGGAUCUCUUCUCGGGCGCCGUGGGCGGCAUCGCCCAAGUCUUGAUUGGCCAGCCGUUUGACAUUGUCAAGGUCCGCCUGCAGACGACGAACCAGUACGCCGGCGCCGUCGACGCAGCCGCCUCGAUAUACCGCCACGAGGGCGCGCUGGCCUUUUACAAGGGCACGCUGACGCCGCUGCUGGGCAUCGGGGCGUGCGUGUCGAUCCAGUUUGGCGCCUUCCACGCCGCGCGGCGCUGGUUCGAGGGCCGCCAACAGCAACAGCAGCAGGGCCGCCUCUCGUACGCCCAGUACUACGCCGCCGGCGCCUUUGCCGGCGUCGCCAACGCCGCCCUCUCGGGCCCCAUCGAGCACGUGCGCAUCCGGCUGCAGAGCCAGCCCCACGGCGCCGCCGCGCGCCUGUACGCCGGCCCGCUCGACUGCGUGCGCAAGCUCGCCGCCGCCCACCCGCGCGGCCUGCUCCCCGCGCUGUACCGCGGCCAGAGCGUCACGCUGCUGCGCGAGGCCGCCGCCUACGGCGCCUGGUUCGCCGCCUUCGAGUUCCUCAUGAACGCCGACGCCGCCCGCAACCGCGUCGACCGCGCCGCCGUGCCCGCCUGGAAGGUCGCCCUGUACGGCGGCUUGGCCGGCGAGGCCCUCUGGCUCGCGAGCUACCCCUUCGACGUCGUCAAGAGCAAGAUGCAGACCGAUGCCCUGGUCCCCGCCGACCGCAGCUUCCCCACCAUGCGCAGCUGCUUCGCCGCUACGUGGCGCCGCGAUGGCUUCGCUGGCUUCUGGAGGGGCAUCUGGCCGACCCUGUUCCGCGCCAUGCCCGUCAGCGCCGGCACGUUUGCCGUUGUCGAGAUGACCAUGCGCGCCAUUAACUAG